UCUGAAAUAAGGAUGUUCACGUUCGCUAACAUAGAUGGCUAGUCUUUUGCCGUCACCAUAUAUACCGUUGUGAUAAAAGUGGAAUCGUUGCAGAAAGUGUGAUGAAUGGGUAUAUCUGUUCAAAGUUGUGCUGCAUGGGGUUUGGCCUGAUGGCUUUGGGUGUAUAAAUCGCUACCAGGAGCCCCUCAUCACCUUUCUGCUGCUGUGUUACCCCAAACUGUACUUCCUUACUGGAGGGAAGAGCUUGGAGGAGAGGGGAAUAGCAGCAGUGGUGAGGGAGUGAUAUCCGUUGUGUGGUGCUUGGGGUGGUGGGUGGUGGUGGUGGCCUACGACUAAUCCUUACACAACUGCCUGACGCAAAUCCGUCCUGCUGCCAGCACUGCGGAGUGGCUUCAGCCUCCUCCUCCUCUUCCUUCUCCCCCUCCCCCUCCUCCUCCUCCCCCAGUGUGGUGGCCCCCGUCCUGGUCCAUGUUCCCUAUGCUAACGCUGCUGAGCAUGUUCUACUACAUCUGUCUGCGGCGGCGCUGUAGGAGUGGGUCGCGGAGCGAAUCGCUGGGUAGCCGCAGGGCUGUGGAGCUGGCGGGCCAGAGGUCCUCCGGGACACUAGGGGUCCUAGGUGGCAGUGGCAGCAUCAACACCGGCAGCAGUGGCGGCGAGCUGGAGCAGUAUGCCAAGGAAGUCCUGGACUUCAGCUCGCACUACGGCAGCGAGAACAGCAUGUCCUACACCAUGUGGAACCUGGCGGGGGCGCCCAACGUCUACCCGAGCUCGGGCGACUUCACGCAGACGGCGGUGUUCCGGACGUACGGCCACUGGUGGCAGCAGUGCCCCAGCGCGCCCGCGCCCUACCGCCGCACGCCCAGCUCCUUCCACAGCACCGACUUCCUGGAGCUGGCCUUCGAGGAGCCCGUCUACCCCACGGCUGUGGAGGUGCUGGAGACCUACCACCCGGGCGCCGUGGUGCAGAUCCUGGCCUGCUCCCUCAACCCCUUCACCCAGAACCCGCCCACUGACGUACGGUGGGAGGUGCUGUGGUCCGGGGAGCCCACCAAGGCGCCCACCCCGACCUCGCGCCAGUUCUCCCCCGGCGUGCGCCCGCUCAGCUUCCCCACCAACCUGCUGCGCGUGGAGGUGAACAGCGGCCUGCUGGACUACUACACGGAGCUGGACGCCGUGGUGCUGCGCGGGGUGCGCGAGCGGCCCAUGCUGGCCCUCUACAAGAUGCCCCUCAUCGACAUGAGCGACCUCAGCGACGGCGAGGACGAUACGCUCGCCGCCAUCGGCAGCCAGCGCAACGUGGCGGGAGCGGGAGGAGAUGACGGCAAGCAGCAUGGCGGCGGGAGCUCGGGGAAUGGCUACUUUGACAAGCUGCCUUACGAGCUGAUCCAGUUGAUCGUGAGCCACCUGUCUCUGCCGGACCUGUGUCGUCUGGGCCAGAGCUGCAAGCUGCUGCAGCAGCACUGCUGUGACCCGCUGCAGUACCAGCAGCUGAGCCUGCAGCCCUACUGGGCCACCCUGACGGACGCCUCGCUGGGCCACCUCCAGCCACGCUGCGCCCUGCUGCAGAGGCUCAACGCCUCCUGGACCGGCAACCGCGGCGCCCUCACCUCCAACGGUUUCUGCAGUUUCCUGAAGGUGUGUGGGGCGGGCCUGGUGAGUCUGGAGCUGUCGUGUUGCCACUUCCUGUGCGAGGCCAGCCUGGAGGCCAUCGCCCUGACCUGCCCCGCGCUGCAGGAGCUCAACCUGGCCUCCUGCGACCGCCUGCAGCCCCACGCCUUCAGCCACGUCAGCAAGCUCACCGGCCUCAAACGACUGGUGCUCUACCGCACCAAAGUAGAGCAAACGGCCCUGCUGAGUAUCCUGACUUUCUGCCCAGAGCUACAGCACCUCAACCUGGGCAGCUGCGUCAGGAUCCAGGACUACGACGUGAUCGCCAGCAUGCUGGCGGUGCGCUGCCGGGGCCUGCUGUCGCUGGACCUGUGGCGCUGCCCCAGCCUGACGGAGCGGGGCCUGGGGGAGCUGGCGCUGGGCUGCGGGCGCCUGGAGGAGCUGGACCUGGGCUGGUGCUCCACGCUGCAGAGCAGCUCCGGCUGCUUCCAGACGCUGGUGCGACGCCUGCCGCGCCUGCGCAAGCUCUUCCUCACCGCCAACCGCAGCGUGUGCGAUCAGGACGUGGAGGAGAUGGCCAACUGCUGCCCCAAGCUGCAGCACGUGGACAUACUAGGAACGCGGAUGGUCAGCCCCGCCUCCCUGAAGAAGCUCCUCCAAUCGUGUCCGGAUCUGAAGCUGGUCGACGUGUCCUUCUGCUCCCAGAUUGACACGCGAGUCGUCCAGGAGCUCUCCUCCGUCUUCCCCAAUGUGGCCAUCAAGAAAAGCUUCACACAGUGAUGUACUGUACUCUACACACACAGAGGCAAAGACACACACUCCUCACUUGUCACUUGUCACUCACGCAAACAAACAAACCAACUCCCCGGACACACACACACACAAACAAACACAACCAUGCUGCACAGGCCAAAGGAAAUGAACAUCAGCAGCUGUUACAAGUGUGUGUGUGUGUGUGUGUGUGUGUGUGUGUGUGUGUGUGUGUGUGUGUGUGUGUGUGUGUGUGUG